UCCCUGUGAUAGAAUCAUAACAAGAUAUAAUCCAAGAUGGCGACCAUGAAGACUUCGCCGGAUUUAGUGAAUUUUUUUGUGUUUAACUCGGAUUUUGGACCAAAAGAAGGAAUGGAACACGAAAAGGUUAUUAUUUACAUUCCAACUGAAGAAGAUUUCGAUAAGAAAAUAAAAAAUAUUGGAUUGUCCGAAGCUCUGAUUCAAUUCACUGAGACAUUUGCUCCAGAGAAGCCUUGUGAGGCUGUGCACACACAGAAAACAAGACAAACCUUCUACAACCCAGAACCAGGAUAUUGGAUGGUUAUGACUGUCAGUAUCCCUUUUAGUGAAAAAAUUGCAAAAGAUGGUAUAAAAGUAGUUGAAUAUCAUGAUGAAGAUGUAGUGGACAGUAUUUUAGAUGCAGUACUCAAGCAAGCUUACAAGAUGUUCAGAUUGUUUAAUGGGACAUUCACCUACCUUGUGGAGACGUAUAGCAGAGAAGUGUUACGUAAAAGGGCAGACUAUUUUUAUACACAUUACCUAAAGACAUUGAACUUUUCUAAUUUUGAUUUACUAGAUGUAUUCUCAGGCAUUCAGUUUCUACCUCUUGACAAGAACACUUUCUUAAAAGUCCAAUGUUUCAUCAAUUUAGUGGAACAUACAUUUAAUCCAGUCAAGUACACAGCUUUCCUUUACUCUGAUAAACUUGUCUGGAGUGGUUUAGAACAAGAAGACAUGAGAGUUAUGUUUAAAUAUCUUGUUACAAGUUUAUUUCCAUCGACUUUGGAAUCUGGCACAUCUCAAGGAUAUGUAGUUGUACAACCAAAAUCCCAUCAUGGAAGGUUUAUUACAGGCCCGUCAGAGCUGAAUGACAUCCCAAUACCAAGGAAACCACCCCGUAUCUUUGUGAACACAGACAUUGAACAAGAAGAGCUGGUCCUGGUUUGUUACAAGGCUUUAGAUGCAACAAUAUGUCUUCUGAUUGAUGCUCCAAAUCCAAGUGUAGAGUUUUACAGAAAACUUGAUGGAUUCCUCGGUCCUCAACUGACAAAUCUUGCUAAUAUCAUCUGUGAACAGACGGCCAAGAAGCAAUUAGGAUCAGAGCAGCAAUAUCGAUACAUUUAUUUCAACCACAUCAACUUGGCUCAAAAGUCUUCAAUCCACUCCAAGAAGUCUUCCCUAACAGGUGUUGCGCCAGAGAUCAUGAGGCUGAUGGGGGAUAUCAGUGCCGACUUUAAAAACUUCCAAGAAGAUGGUGAAACAUACGUGAAGACCAUGUCUGACUGCUGGGUGGUAGGAAGGAAGUCCGACCAGAGAGAAUUUUUUGUAAUACUAAAUCAGAAGAGUGCCAACCUCAUCGAAAUCAAUGAGGAAGUCAAGAGGUUAAGCAUGUCACAUUUUAAUAAUAUCUUCUUCAUGGAUUAGUCCUCUCAGCAUUCUUUUUAUUUCUUUGUACUUCCCUGUAGCUAGAUUCACUCUUCCGACCUCUUAUCCUUGGGUGUGCAAUGUUUCCCCAUUUCAGACCAUUCACAAAUUCAAGUACUGGCUGAGUGAAUUAUCAGCAUAAUAAUACAGGGCUUAAAAUAAGGACAGAUCAGUUGCCAGUCAUGAUAACAGGCCAAAUUAGUUUUAGCUUAGUCAUACCUCAUUUCUGGCUAAACGUUACUGUUCAAAAUGACCAGCAAGGUAAAGAUUUGACCACACAAGUCCCAGUUCUGGCUGGACAUUCUCUGGCCAUUACUUUAAGCCCCUGUAAUACAACUGUAUCAAAUAAACCAAAAUGCUGUAAAAUAAAAUUAUCGACCAAUGUAAAUAUCAAUCAACACAAAAUAAUAAAAAAACUUUCUGGGAUUAAUAAAA